AUGUCAUCUCUACCAAGGAGGGUGAAAUCUGAAGCCAAAGCCCUUACAUCAGAAGAUGAUGAACUACCUUCAUUUCUAAAUUCGAGCUCUGAAUCAGAGGAGGAAGAGGAGGAGUGGGAGCCAAAAAGCAAAAUCACCAAGAGACCUCGGUUGCCAAAGAAAAAUGAGGCAAAACCUAAAAAAGUUGCUGCUCCACGGUCAGCUGUGGCCAGGAAAAGGGUCAAGAAGGUAGCAAUAAAAGAAGAAUUGGAUAUAUCCUUGCCUGUUGCUCCUGCAGAAGAUAAUGGAAUGCAACUUGUAAAACCUAAGGAAGAAGAUGUAGGCACUAAACCAAAAACUUCAAAUCAAAAGCCAGCAGUGCCUAAAAAAAUGGAAAUAAAUUUGUUCCAAGGGAAGAACGUAAGGAGUUUAGAGAGUGAUGAAAAACCCUCAACAAGUGUUCCUGUAGUGGGAAAUCAAGUGAAACAUGAGAAACCUGAGGAGGAUUUUGCAUUUGAUGAACCACCUUUUAAAAAGAUUAAAUCAACUACAUGUCCUGAAGGAAAGCCGGUAAAAAAUCUAGGAGGCAACAAAGUGAAAGAAGAAUUUGAAAUGAACUGGGAUAUUGUACAGGCCUUGUCAGAAAUAACAAAUGUUGAACCGUGGGUAUGUGCAAACUUAAUUCGCCUCUUUCAAGAAGAAAACACAAUUCCCUUUAUUGCUCGGUAUCGAAAAGAACUCAUCAAUAACCUGGAGGCCGAUGCCUUGCGAGAAGUGCAGCAAACAUUGGAAGAGUUACGUACUGUUGCGAAGAAGACUCAUACGAUGAUACAGAAGUUGAAGAAAGAAGGGAAACUAUCUGGAUGCCUUUUAGCAGCAUUAUUAAAUUGCAGAACUUUGGAAGAAUUAGACCAUGUGUCUGCCCCUUAUAAAACUGGGAGUAAAGGCACCAAAGCCCAGCGGGCCAAGCAGCUGGGAUUAGAACCUGCUGCUCUCUCCCUUCUGCAGAAUCCUAUGGGACUCAAUCUCUUUUCUUACAUUAGACCUAAUACCAAAGGACUUUCAACUAUCCAGGAAGUAGAGGCUGGAGUACAGCAUAUUUUGGCUGACAUCUUCGCUAAAGAUAAAGAUACACUGGAUUUUAUCAGGAAAUUAUGUCAGCAAAGGUACAUUUGUAUCCAGUCAGCCUUGGCGAAAGUGUCGUCCAAAAGUGUAAAUGAAAAAGACAUCGAUAAAUUCCAACUGUACCAUGAGUUUUCUUGUAAUAUAAAGAACAUUCAGCAUCAUCAGAUUCUGGCCAUUAACCGAGGGGAAAAUCUGAAGAUCCUGACAGUGAAGGUCAACAUUCCUGACGGGGUGAAGAAUGAAUUCUGUUGGUGGUGUGUCAAUGAAAGAUGGAGACCAAAACAGUUUUUAAAACCAGAGUUAAUGAGGAUACUACGGAGUUCGGUAGAGGAUGCGUAUAAACGCCUUAUAUAUCCUUUACUCUGUAGAGAAUUCAGAUCAAAGUUGACAUCCGAUGCAGAGAAGGAGUCUGUGAUGAUGUUUGGAAGAAAUCUCCGGCAGUUGCUUCUGACCAGCCCUGUGAGGGGGCGUACUUUGAUGGGAGUAGAUCCUGGCUACAAACAUGGCUGCAAGUUGGCAAUUAUUUCACCAACCAGUCAGAUCCUCCAUACGGAUGUCGUUUACUUGCAUUCUGGUCAAGGAUUUCGUGAAGCUGAGAAGAUAAAGAGGCUUCUGCUGCAGUACAACUGUAGCACUGUUGUGAUUGGCAAUGGCACGGCCUGCAGAGAAACAGAAGCUUACUUUGCUGACUUAAUUAUGAAGAAAUAUUUUGCACCACUGGAUGUCGUUUACUGUGGCUUGGCAGAUGAGGCUGGAUUGUUAUGUAGUGCUUUAAAACCAAAAAUCCUCAUUAACUUAAGCUGUCAUUCAGGAAGGUGGCUGAUAGAGAG